GUGGAAUAAAAUCGAGGAUAAAGAACAAAACAAAUGAGACGGAUGAGGCCAUAAAACCCUCGAGAGCAAACGCAGGUUUCGGGCUCUUUUUGAUCGGAAAAAAAAAUCGAUUUUUUUGCUUGAUGAUUUCUUGGCCUUCAAACUGAAGUGAAAGCCUCCUGAUUCUUGGGCAGAAGUGCCGAUAUGAGCCCGUUCUCCUUGGUUUCAACUCAUGGGGUUUUUAGCCCUCACCAUUCUUCUUCAAAUUGGCCUAGAUUGUUCUCUCAUAGAAGGAGAUUGAGCCUGCAAGAAGGAAAAAUCUUGUCUUUGGAAGAAAGACAUUGGGAUCUUACUUCGUCUUCCUCUCUUUGUUGUCGCAACUCCCGAUGUCUUUCUUUAUGGGGUUCUUCGCGGAGAUUUCGGUUAUUGUCCAAAUGUAAUAGGAUUGUAUUUGCGAAGAUUGAUAGGAGCAGCAACGAGAAGCAUACCCAUUUUGGGAUUCGAGGGAAGCCUAGGUCGAGAAGGCGAUUCUCCCUGAGAUUGCGCCCCAGGCUGCGGUUGCUCUCUUAUAGAUUGAGGAGAUUGUCGGUUCAACGAUUGGUGGAAAAUGCUAGAACAGUGUUGCUCAGAAACUCGAAGAAGCUUAUGCUAUCUGCUUGGUUUUCUGUUGCCCUAGGGGUGUGUUUCUUGUUCUUGAAGUGCACAGCUAGACCUGCAUCGGUGGAUGUUCCAUAUUCAGAUUUUGUAUCGGCCCUGAAGAGUGGAAGCGUGUCAGCUGUUCAAUUCGAAGAGGAUUCCCGCUAUAUUUACUUUAAUCAGCAAUUUGAAGAUAAUGAGAGUUUGAAGUCAGUAGAAGAAUCAUCACUGACUGUCGAUGUCUCAGAUGUCAGUGCACCAAAAUCAUCUGAAAGCAUUACAAAUGAAAGGGAGAGAGGUGGUAAAUCUAUCUCAAAGUGGCAAUACUCUACAAGAAAAGUUGAGCAUGAUGAGAGUUUUCUUCUUGGUUUGAUGAGAGAGAGAGGGACCACAUACAGUUCUGCUCCUCAAUCUGCAGUAAAGUUAUUGAGAAGUCUUGUUAUCACAUUGAUUACUUUGUGGAUCCCAAUAGCCCCAAUGUUGUGGUUGCUUUAUCACCAAUUCUAUGCUAGCAAUGGCCCUGCAAAGAAGCGGCGGCCUAGUAAGCAGUCUGUCAGUUUUGAUGAUGUGGAGGGAGUUGAUGCUGCCAAGCUAGAAUUGAUGGAGAUAGUAUCUUGCUUACAAGGAUCAAUGAACUACAAAAAGUUAGGAGCAAAAUUGCCCACAGGUGUGCUGCUUGUGGGACCUCCAGGCACUGGGAAGACAUUACUAGCUCGCUCAGUUGCUGGAGAGGCAGGAGUCCCUUUUUUCUCAGUGUCUGCUAGUGAAUUUGUAGAACUGUUUGUUGGAAGAGGAGCUGCACGAGUAAGAGACCUUUUUAAUGUGGCAAAAGAAUGUGCACCGUCAAUAGUAUUCAUUGAUGAACUUGAUGCAGUGGGAGGAAAGCGUGGAAGAAGUUUCAAUGAUGAGCGGGACCAAACACUUAAUCAGUUGCUGACAGAAAUGGAUGGUUUUGAGUCGGAGACAAAAGUGAUUGUUAUUGCAGCAACAAAUAGACCAGAAGCACUAGAUCCUGCUCUCUGCAGGCCAGGACGUUUUUCAAGGAAAGUGCUUGUCGGUGAACCAGAUUUUGAAGGGCGUAAAAAAAUUUUGGCUGUCCAUCUGAGACAAAUACCACUGGAGGAAGAAAUUGAGUUAAUCUGUGACCUUGUUGCAUCUCUCACAGCAGGUUUUGUUGGUGCUGAUCUCGCAAACAUUGUCAAUGAAGCUGCUCUGCUUGCUGCUCGAAGAGAUGCUGAGACGGUUACCAGAGAUGAUAUGAUGGAGGCAAUAGAGCGAGCAAAGUUUGGGAUUAAAGAAAGGCGACUGAAUCUUAGUACAGUAGGCAAGAGUCUGGGUAAAUUGUUUCCAUGGAUUCCUCCAUCAACAGGAAAAGAUGGUUUCCAAGGCCUUAUGGGUUACCAAACUUUGAGCUAAUGUUUAUCACUAUGAGGGAUGGGAGGGCCUCUCAAGAUUGACUUUCUACACCUAGAAGGAUUUCAUGUGGCCAAGCAACAUUGGUUUGUGUAGCUUAAUCAAUCAAAAAUCUCGAUAUUUACAAUAUGAGUUUGCACAUCCAACACUUAGUGGGAUUUACAGAUUUAAGGAAAAAAAUGAUUCCCAUUCCCAUGUUCAUCUGCACAAGGUGUCAUCCAAAGAUAUGUAUUUCUAAACCCUCUUUAUGUAUCUUGAAUCAUUCAUUCCUAUUUUUAAUUCUUAUUAGACUUGUUAUUUA